GACACCGUGAUCCCAGGCACCGGCAAAAAGUAUGCUUCAGAUUGCGAAGAUGCUGCAAAACGUUUCCAGCCGCGCCGCCGGUGCCCGACAUGUGUUCUCGGCCCGGCCUGUUUGCAGCCGCGUGAACUUCCAGGCCGUGCGCGCGGCCAGCCGCUUCGCUGAUGUCGCUCAGGCACCCCCUGACCCGAUUCUGGGCGUUUCCGAGGCUUUCCGUGCUAGCACGAACCCCAACAAGCUGAACCUGGGCGUCGGUGCUUACCGUGAUGAGGACCUGAAGCCGGUCGUGCUGAAUGUGGUCAAGAAGGCCGAGGGCAACAUCUUCUCCCGCAACGAGAACAAGGAGUACCUGUCCAUCGAGGGCCUGGAGGGCUUCCGCCGCGCCACUGUGGACCUGCUGCUGGGCCAGGGACACCCCGCCAUCCAGGAGGGCCGUGUUGCCGCCAUCCAGUCUCUGUCGGGCACCGGCUCGCUGCGUGUGGGCGCCGCCUUCAUCGCGCGCUUCCUCAAGGGCGCCACCGUCUACAUCUCCAACCCCACCUGGGGCAACCACCGCAACAUCUUUGGCGAUGAGGGCGUGGAGUGGAAGCACUACCGCUACUUCGACGCCGCCACCGUGGGUCUGGACUUCAAGGGGCUGACGGAGGACCUCACCGCCGCCCCGCCCGGCUCCGUGGUGCUGCUGCACGGCUGCGCGCACAACCCCACCGGCGUGGACCCCACCCCCGAGCAGUGGGCCGCCAUCGCCGACCUGUGCAAGGAGCGCAACCUGCUGCCCUUCUUCGAUGUGGCCUACCAGGGCUUCGCCACCGGCGACCUGGACAAGGACGCGUUCGCCCCCCGCCUGUUCGUGGAGCGCGGUCUGGAGAUCCUGGUGUCGCAGAGCUACUCGAAGAACCUGGGGCUGUACGGCGAGCGUGUGGGCGCGCUGGUGAUGGUGGUGCAGGACAAGGAGUCUGCCACCCGCUGCCUGAGCCAGCUGAAGCGCCUGGCUCGCGCGCUGUACUCCAACCCGCCCACCCACGGCGCCAAGAUUGCCGCCGAGGUGGUCAACAACAAGGAGCUGUUCGACGAGUGGAAGGUUGAGAUGCGCGGCAUGGCUGGCCGCAUCGAGCGCGUGCGCGGCGAGCUGCAGGCGGCUCUGGAGGCCAAGUGCCCGCAGAAGGACUGGUCCUUCAUCACCCGCCAGAUCGGCAUGUUCUCCUUCACCGGCCUCUCGCCCGCGCAGGUUGACAACAUGACCAACAAGCACGCCGUGUACAUGACCCGCGACGGCCGCAUCUCGCUGGCCGGCCUCAACAGCGCCAAGGUGGAGUACCUGGCGGACGCCAUCGUGGACUCGGUGCGCAACUGCUAAGGGCACACGCACUGCCUGGAUCGGCCCCUUUGGGGAAGUGCGGGCUAUCCAUGUGGAGGAUGGAUGCCUUUGGCAGGGGAUCUGUGCUUUUUGCUGUGGCGAUGGCUUGUGGGUGGGUGAGCAGCCCCGACCCCACUCACAUUGCUGGGUGAGGAGCUGCUGCUGCUGGAUUGAUUGAAGAGGAGAGUGGCCAGGUGGCGUGCUGCCCGGAUGUGUGUUGUUGCUUCGGUGUUUGUUUCCGGUGGAAGAUGCGUAUGCCGUGCCAGAACGACGGCUGUCCUAUCGGCGGGUUUGUUCGCUCUGUGCACUUUGCGAUGGAAGCGUGAUUACGCACUGUCGUAGAGCCUCACACGGUGUAUUCAUAUUGCUGGGGCUUGUAGGGAGUUCGCUAUUAUGUACUUGGGCGCGCCUGAAGCCGGCAUGUUUUGUGGAGCCGUCGGCUGGCUGCCUGAUUGUAGGAGCAGAGGGGAUAUGCUGCGCUAAGCUUUGACCCUUUUUUAUGCGAGCGAAGCGAAGUUGUGGGUGUGGCCCUUUCAAGGCAAGGAGAGGACUGCUGGCUUGUGUAUGAACUUGCUGGGCGUAGCAUGUGGUUACCUCGUCUGCGCAAUAGCGUAGAUGAGCCUAGUGAUUAUGGCGGCAAUCAAGCACGUAUUACGUUGUCGAGGUGCUCGGUACGGUAUUGCGCGCCUACCUCCCGCUGAAGAAGGGGUGGCUGUCACUGCUCGGCAGUUACCGUUAUGUAAGGCCCUAAAACUUGGAUAGC